AUGGAUGUGGACCUGCUGGCGCCGACCAAACGCGCCGUCAACGCGCUCGGCGCCGCGGGAGACAGAGCCGGCGGAGGUGGCGACGCUGGCGGAACGAGUGCGGGCAUUACGUCAUGGAUGUGGACCUGCUGGCGCCGACCAAACGCGCCGUCAACGCGCUCGGCGCCGCGGGAGACAGAGCCGGCGGAGGUGGCGACGCUGGCGGAACAGGCCUCGGACGAUGGGGAUGACGUCCAGCCGGGAAUGGAGCAGGCCUCGGACGAUGGGGAUGACGUCCAGCCGGGAAUGGAGCAGGCCUCGGACGAUGGGGAUGACGUCCAGCCGGGAAUGGAGCAGGCCUCGGACGAUGGGGCCGACGUCCAGCCGGGAAUGGAGCAGGCCUCGGACGAUGGGGCCGACGUCCAGCCGGGAAUGGAGCAGGCCUCGGACGAUGGGGAUGACGUCCAGCCGGGAAUGGAGCAGGCCUCGGACGAUGGGGAUGACGUCCAGCCGGGAAUGGAGCAGGCCUCGGAAGAUGGGGCCGACGUCCAGCCGGGAAUGGAGAAGUCCAUACUGGCGUCUGGGCAGGGGCUUUACCUGUCUAAAGCUGGAACCUGCCUUCCUGGAUGUCUGCUUCACGAGGCGAGAGUAGUUCCUGCGAACUAUGGUCAACAUCAAACCACCCAGCCGUACUGGAACUUAUUGGCAUGA